GGGGAGGGCUGCGAGCUGCACAGUGCAACGCCGGCAGUCGCCGCUGCUAUCCAGAUUCUCACCAAGGAGUGCGGAGCCACGCCAGCCGAGGAGAGACGCUUCCAGCUCGCCUCGAGGGGACGAGUGGCCCUCAAGCAAGGAGUCUAUUGGAUUUAUAACAAGGGAAUGGACAUUUCUUUUCUAGUCAGGCUUUUGGAGAGUAUAGACCUUUGGGACAUCUAAGGACUUUCCAGCUGAAUUAAGUGUCACUCUGUUGUAUGGAGGGAAGACGCUGUACGCUUCAAGCUGAUUAUCUCUGCAGAUUUCACAGGUGCCAGGUAGCAAUUGUAACCGACUGCUGCCAUGUUCCGAAACAGCUUGAAGAUGCUACUAAGUGGAGGCAAGUCGAGCCGCAAGAAUCGCAACAGCGAUGGUGGUAACGAGGACUCCACAGAACCCAGAUCGACCAAUGUAGAUUCCUGUUUGAGCCGCACUGGGCAAGGUGGCAGUUCGACAGAAAGUGACUGUGCAUUUGAAGGAGACUACACUGUGCCCACUCUACCUGUAUCUGAAGGCAUGCAGCACAUCCGGAUCAUGGAAGGCAUGUCCCGUUCACUGCCCUCCUCACCCCUGCUCACUCAUCAGGCUAUCAAUAUGCGGCUUCAACCCAUGAAGAAGCUAACAGCCCCGCUGCGGAAGGCAAAGUUUGUAGAAAGCCCCCGAAUACCAGAGUCUGAGCUCAUUCCAACCCUCACAACCUUUCCUGCAAAGAUCUCCGAGCUGGAUGCAUACUGUCCUGGCGAAUCCAACCAAGAGCUGGGGCCGCCUCCCUCAGUUGAUGAGGCCGCAAAUACGCUGAUGACACGCUUGGGCUUCUUGCUGGGAGAGAAAGUGAGUGAGGUGCAGACGGCUACCCAGUACAGCAUGGAGGCUCAGGAUGAGAAUCAGAGUUCGGCUGUAAUCCAACGGAUUAGCCCCUGCUCCACUCUGACCAGCAGCACCGCCUCCCCUCCAGCAAGCAGCCCCUGUUCCACCCUGCCGCCUGUCGCAUCAAAUAACUCCGUAGCCAAAGACUGCGCUUAUGGGACUGUCACCAGCCCCACCUCAACACUGGAGAGUCGUGACAGUGGUAUCAUUGCCACCCUCACAAGCUACUCUGAAAAUGUGGAGCGCAACAAAUAUGGUGAGGGAUCACGGGGGAACAUCAAGCCCUGGCAGUCACAGAAAUCUGGGAUGGAUUCAUGCUUGUACCGAGUGGAUGAGAACAUGACAGCCUCCACGUAUAGUUUGAACAAAAUUCCCGAUCGCAACCUGGAGACGAUCUCUUCCCAUUCUGUGCAGUCUAUCCCUCUGUACCUGAUGCCCAGACCAAAUUCAGUGGCAGCGACCAGUUCAGCACACCUGGAGGACUUGGCUUACCUGGAUGAGCAGAGACACACGCCGCUGCGUACCUCUCUACGAAUGCCACGACAGAGCAUUGCAGCGGGGCGCUCAGGGCAGGAUGUACGAGCUUGCGCUAACAUCCAUACCUGGCACACCCACUCACUCCGUUUUGCACCUUACCGGCCCCCCGACAUCUCCCUCAAGCCUCUGCUGUUCGAAGUCCCAAGCAUCACGGUGGAUUCGGUAUUCAUUGGGCGUGACUGGCUCUUCCAGGAAAUUGAGGGGCAACUACAGAGCUCCAACAGCAACACCAACCGCGGUGUGGUCAUCGUUGGCAACAUCGGCUUCGGCAAGACGGCCAUUGUUUCACGACUGGUCGCCAUGAGCUGCCAUGGUAACCGCAUGAGGCAAAUUGCCUCGGACAGCCCGCAUGCCUCACCCAAGCAUGGUGAAGGAAACCUCCCACUGGGCCAAGCGCCACCAGCCCACUCUACCAUUGGCAGUGGCAGCUGCCCAGGGACCCCAGAAAUGCGAAGGCGCCAGGAAGAAGCCAUGAGAAGACUAGCAUCUCAGGUUGUUGCUUACCAUUACUGCCAGGCAGACAACGCCUACACCUGCUUGGUCCCCGAGUUUGUCCACAACGUUGCGGCUCUUCUGUGUCGCUCCCCUCAGCUCAUUGCGUAUCGUGAGCACCUCCUGCACGAGCCUCACCUACAGAGCAUGCUGAGUCUGCGUUCCUGUGUGCAGGACCCCCUGGCCUCUUUCAGGAGAGGGGUUCUAGAGCCUCUGGAUGCCCUUUACAAAGACCGUAAGAUUGCUGAUGAAGAUUUAAUCAUCUUGAUCGAUGGCCUAAACGAAGCAGAGUUCCACAAACCCGAUUACGGGGACACUAUCGUUUCUUUCCUGAGCAAAACCAUUGGAAAAUUUCCUUCGUGGCUGAAACUUGUGGUUACGGUACGGACCACACUGCAGGAAAUCACAAAGCUGCUACCCUUUCACCGGAUCUCUCUGGACCGCCUGGAGGAGAAUGAAGCCAUUGACCAGGAUCUACAGGGUUACAUUCUUCACCGGAUCCAUAGCAGCCCCGAGAUUCAGAAUAACAUAUCCCUCAAUGGCAAGAUGGACAACACCACCUUUGGUAAAUUAAGUGCCCACCUAAAGACACUCAGCCAGGGUUCUUACCUCUACUUGAAGCUUACCUUUGACCUCAUUGAGAAGGGCUACCUGGUUCUCAAGAGCUCCAGCUACAAGGUGGUGCCUGUGUCCCUGGCUGAAGUUUACUUGCUGCAGUGCAACAUGAAAUUCCCCACACAGUCUUCCUUUGAACGGGUGCUGCCUCUGCUCAACGUGGCUGUGGCUUCUCUGCAUCCACUCACUGAUGAGCAGAUCUAUCAGGCCAUUAAUGCUGGUUCUAUCCAGGGCAUCUUGGAGUGGGAUGACUUCCAGCAACGGGUGGACAAUCUUUCUAUGUUUUUGAUCAAGCGACGAGAUGGCACACGCAUGUUUGUUCACCCAUCUUUCCGGGAGUGGCUUAUCUGGAGGGAAGAAGGAGAGAAGACCAAGUUCCUUUGUGAUCCCAGGAGUGGACACACCUUGUUGGCCUUCUGGUUUUCUCGGCAAGAUGACAAGCUGAACCGACAGCAGACCAUCGAGCUGGGGCAUCACAUCCUUAAAGCACACAUCUUUAAGGGCCUGAGUAAGAAGGUGGGUGUCUCCUCGUCCAUUUUACAGGGGCUGUGGAUCUCCUAUAGCACAGAGGGACUCUCCACUGCACUGGCUUCACUACGAAACCUUUAUACGCCUAACAUCAAGGUGAGCCGACUUCUGAUCCUUGGUGGUGCGAAUAUAAAUUACCGGACAGAGGUGCUUAACAACGCACCAAUCUUGUGUGUGCAUGCCCACCUGGGCUACACAGAUAUGGUGCUGCUGCUCUUGGAGUUUGGUGCCAGCGUGGAUGCCUGCUCAGAGAAUGGGCUCACCCCACUGACUUACGCUGCUUCUGCAGGACACCUACCGAUUGUGUCGGCCCUGUGCCGCAAGCGCGCCAAGGUGGACCACCUGGAUAAGAACAGCCAGUGUGCUCUGGUUCAUGCUGCCCUCAGGGGUCACUUAGAGGUUGUUAAGUAUUUGAUUCAAUGCGACUGGAUGAUGGGCGGACAGCAGCAGGGAGUCUUCAACAAGAGCCAUGCUGUUCAGCAAGCGCUCAUCGCAGCCGCCAGCAUGGGCUACACGGAGAUUGUGUCUUACUUGUUGGACCUCCCAGAAAAGGAUGAAGAGGAGGUAGAAAGAGCACAAAUUAACAGCUUUGACACCCUCUGGGGAGAGACGGCCCUGACCGCAGCAGCCGGCCGUGGGAAACUGGAAGUGUGCCGUCUUCUCUUAGAACAGGGAGCAGCCGUGUCACAGCCCAAUCGUCGUGGGAUCAUCCCUCUGUUCAGUGCCGUGCGCCAGGGGCAUUGGCAGAUUGUUGACCUCCUUUUGACACAUGGAGCAGACGUCAACAUGGCGGACAAGCAGGGAAGAACCCCCUUAAUGAUGGCCGCCUCUGAGGGGCACCUGGGGACUGUAGAGUUCCUGCUUUCACAAGGAGCUUCACUGUCUCUGAUGGACAAGGAGGGUCUGACCGCUCUCAGCUGGGCCUGCUUGAAGGGUCACUUGGCAGUAGUACGCUCGUUGGUGGAGAGAGGGGCAGCUACAGAUCAUGCAGAUAAGAAUGGGCGCACGCCGCUGGACCUCGCUGCAUUCUAUGGUGAUGCAGAGGUGGUCCAGUUCCUAGUGGAUCAUGGAGCAAUGAUAGAGCACGUGGACUACAGUGGCAUGCGGCCCCUCGAUCGGGCAGUAGGCUGUCGCAACACCUCGGUAGUGGUGACCCUGCUGAAGAAAGGAGCCAAGAUAGGUCCUGCCACAUGGGCAAUGGCAACUUCGAAGCCUGACAUCAUGAUCAUUCUUCUAAGCAAGCUCAUCGAGGAAGGUGACACAUUUUAUAAGAAAGGGAAGGUGAAAGAAGCUGCCCAGCGCUACCAGUAUGCCCUGAAAAAGUUCCCCCGAGAAGGGUUUAGUGAAGAUCUCAAGACUUUCCGUGAACUUAAAGUGUCCUUGCUGCUCAACCUGUCUCGCUGUCGUCGGAAAAUGAAUGAUUUUGGCAUGGCUGAAGAAUUUGCCACCAAGGCGUUAGAAUUGAAACCAAAAUCCUAUGAGGCAUAUUAUGCCAGAGCCCGGGCAAAACGCAGCAGCAGGCAGUUUGCUGCAGCCCUGGAGGACUUGAAUGAAGCCAUCAAGCAGUGUCCAAAUAACCGGGAGAUUCAGCGGCUGCUUUUGCGAGUGGAAGAGGAGUGUAACCAGAUGAACCAGCAGCAAGAGCAGCAAGUAGAACUUGAGCAGCCACCUUCGCCACCACCACCGCCUCCGCCUCCUCCUCCUCCUCCACCUGUGGAGGAGCCUCCUCCACCUCCUCCUCCUCCACCACCACCUGAGCCACGACUUGAGGAUAUGGAGCCUGUGCAAGAUCUUUUUGAUGAGGACUACCUGGAGCAGGACUUAGACAAUAUGUCCAUUGGUCUGCAGACAGAUUCUGGGCCCAGCCCUACUGGCCUUCCCAUCAUACAGAGCCCGCCACCUUCUCCAGCCCACAGAGACUCUGCUUAUCUCUCAGGAAGUUCACCACUGGGUCAAUCCUUUGACUUCCGCCCCAGCCCACCUUCAAUGGCAUCUCCAACCCGCCAAAGCUACCAGUCAACCUCCCCUUCUCUUUCUCCCACCCAUCAGAACUCCCACUAUCGACCGAGCCCGCCUCACACUUCUCCAGCACACCAGGGAUCAUCCUAUCGUUUCAGCCCCCCUCCUCCUCUUAGUAGCAGUGGAGGAAGCCAGGGAAAGGACUACCAAAGCCCCCCGCCUUCUCCGUUACGUAGGGGCCCACAGUAUAGAGCCAGUCCUCCGUCCGAGAGCAUAUGUCUCUACAGACCCCAGUCAGGAUCACCUGUGCGGUAUCCGCAAGAGCAGCUGCCUGGAAGGCCCAAAUCGCCUCUCUCAAAGAUGAGCCAGAGAUCUUUUCAGCUAACUUCCCAGAGUUCCCAGACGUCUCAACACCCACAGCAACAAGGGCUGCGCCUACAGCCGGCCAAAGCCCAAAUUGUACGUACCAACCAACCCAGUUCAGCUGUCCACUCCAGUUCAGUUAUGGCUGGUGGCCCAUAUGGGCAGAUGGUGCACUCCAUCAGUAGUCGUUAUCAGGGAACCUCAAUGGAUGUUGAUACCCGCCUAGUCUACCAGCCAUCCCUCGAAGGAAGGCCCAUGCAGCAAGUCCAAGCUAGCUUAAGUGCAGGGGCAAUUUGUCAGCAUGGUGGGAGAGGCGGAGUGGACUCGGGCUUGGCUAAAGAAGAUCUUCCACAGAGGCCAUCAUCGGCUUAUCGAGGCGGAGGGGUGCGCUACAGCCAGACCCCUCAGAUCAGUCGUAGUCAGUCUGCCGCCUAUUACCCUGUAUCUAAACACGAGCUUGAACGCUCUGCAGCUAUCCCCCAGUGCCAGCUGGGAUCUCCAGAGAUCCCUCAUAUUGUGCGUCGGCCCGUCAGUGCAAAUACUUCCGAGAUCAAGCCUCACCCCCCAACUCCACGACCUCUAAUCCAUUCCCAGAGUGUGGGCCUCCGAUUCUCCCCGUCCAGCACAAGCCUUUCCUCUGGAUCUGCCUGCAACCUGGCACCUAGCUUCCGCCCGUCUGCUUCCAUCCAACAAAUGGAGAUCCCACUCAAGCCGGCCUACGAACGCUCUUGUGAGGACCACUCCCCUGUCUCUCCAACUCAAGGAGGAGAAAUAAGAGGUGGUUAUCAAGGGGAGACCACCCGAUCUAGGACAACCCCGUUUAUGGGUAUCAUUGACAAAACAGCCCGGACUCAGCAGUACCUCCACCAGCCGUCGCGUCCCUGGGCCAUAUCGUCAUUGGACACGGUGAUUACCAGCCCCACCUCCCCUGGCAGCCUGGCCCAGCAAAGAGAUGUGGGUGGUGGCUCUUCCUAUAGUCCCCCUUCUUCCCUGGGAAACAUUGCAUAUUACAACAAGACAAAUAAUGCCCAAAAUGGACACCUGCUCGAGGAUGACUACUACGCACAGCCACCGCCUUCACUUGGUAAGCUUGCCAACGGUUCACGUUCAAGCAGUGGGGGAGACCUUUUGGAGAGGGUAAGCCAAAUGCCAACAUAUCCUGAUGUCAAGGUGGCCCGGACGCUGCCUGUAGCGCAGGCGUACCAGGACAACCUCUACCGUCAACUUUCACGUGACGCCAGGCAAGGGCAAACGUCACCUAUCAAACCAAAGAGACCUUUUGUUGAGUCAAAUGUAUAGAAGUGCUCUGGGGCGGGGAGGGGAAGGUGGGGGACCUCUGACAGGUAAAGGAGGACGGAGGGGGGCAGCACAGGCAAUUUCCACAGACACGGUGGGUGCCAGGCUUCUACAUUCCUAGAAUGCCAAGACUAAAACGAAGGCCACCAAGUGGACCGAGUUAGAGAGGUUAGCAGGCCAAGUGCUUGGAAGGACUGGUGGUGUUGUGGUUCUUGCCUUUUUAUCCCUCAGAAAUUGAGAGAAGCCCAAGGGGUCUUGGGAGCAGUUGUCAGUACACUCUCGCGCAGCACACGCAUGUCUGAGGCGGCUCGCCCGAGCUUGUCACUCGCACGCGUGCGGGCAGGUUUUGCACCGGCAAUUCUUGCACAAUGAAGCCCUUUGGUUUUCAAGCCCUGAUGCCACCUGGAGAGAUUUUUUUUUAAUCUUCUUAUAAUAAAGGCUAAAUAUGUAUAAAGUAAAACAUGUUCACUUCAAUUGUGGCUUCAGUUCGAUUAAAGCAAACCCUUAGAGGGCGGCAUUUCUGUCGGAAGUUAGUAUGUUUUUAAAACAACCAAAAAACCGGAUAAUUUAUUCCAUGAAUAUUUUGUCUUCAAUUAAAUUCAGAUUCCAGUAUCCAUCUCGAGAUUCUGGAUUCACUUUGUCUGUGUAAUGGAAAUGCCAGCGCUGGGGAAAGUGCGCCCUCCCGACUCCUUGGUGUCUCUGCGCCGUGCUCUCCCUGUUCAUGCUACACUCUGCCUUUUUGCUCUUUGUAAAUACGUCCGAUGCGAUGGAAGCCCAGUGUCGUUACCUGCCAGUUCUGUGGCAGACACUUCGUUUCACCAUGUGGAAGCCAUCUGCACGGUGCUGUAAGAAAUAGUUAGCAAUGUUCUAUAAUGUAAAUGUUAGAGACUUGCCUGUAUUAAAAUAUUUAUCAUUUAAGUUAUAACAAGAAAUCUGACAUUUGUUUUAAUGAUUAAUAUUGUUAUCCACCUGCAGCACAUUUUAAUUGGCGUGGAACUGUAAAGGGAGGCAGGGGCAUUUAGACGCCAUGCUUUUUGCAUUGUCCUAAAAUUCAUAUCAGGAUGUUUUGUUAUCUUCAAAUUACUUCUCAUCUGGUAAAAGUGCAUCAAAACAGUUGUGGCAGAAAUGGUGUUGUGCUCUGAAUCAAAGCCCAUGUUUCUGUCAAGAAUCUGAAUUGGUGAACUUCUAGGCUGGGGUCCCACCUAAAGUUCACACAAGCCUUUCUCUCAGGUAAAAGGUGAUGUGAAUUUAUGUUUACAAUUUGUAAGGAAAAAAAAAAAGUUGUGUGUCAUUUAAGUAACCUGAAGAAGAGUUUUGUGUAACGCUGAACACGUUGAUUAAAAUGAGCACAAAGACCCCCUGACUCUUGACAACCUUCCAGCGCAAAUAUCACAACUCGGCAUGCCAGGGAGGCAAGAUGGUGGGUUACAGGGUGCGGGUCUACUUGCCCCAUAUAGGUUACUGGGAAGCAGCCAGGCCUCCACCCAUGGGUGUUGGCGUCCAUGUCAUUGUGCACUCAUGAUGUUAAUUUUGCCAGCCCCACCCUGAGCACUUAGGGAGUUUAAAAAAAACAAAACUCUGGGAAUAUAAGGGUGUUGUGUUUUAUUUUAUUGUUUUAAAAUUAUUUGUGCAAUUUUGUUUCUUUUUAACAGCCAAAGGCGCUGAAAUUUAUUAUUAUUAUUAUUUUUUGUUAAUUCCAAGUCUCUGCACUAACUGAUUGUGGAUUAUUUACGGGCGCACUUUAUUUAUUUUUUUGUUAAGACAAUACUGGAUUACUUGUGAUUACUUUUAUUAUAGAAAUAGAUAGGAGUUCUUGUCCAUUGUGGGUUUUUUUUUUGUUUUUUAAACUUUUUUUUGGUUUUGUUUUGAAGGAAACAUAAAUAUGAGCUGACUUGAUACCUUUAUAGCACAAAGUUAUAUCUGCUGUACAUAUAGCAAAGUAGAAAUCAGUCAGCAGUAAGCAGACAUCAGCAGACACUCCACACCCCAGCAAUUCUCAAUGGCUGCACAUCUUAACACGGACAGGAUUUGUGCCCAGUGUUCCAUUUUCUUUGAUUAUUCGUUAACUUUUCAAAAUGUUUGUUGCCAAAUGAAGCAACCGAGGAUGUCCUUGUUGCUUCCAAGACUCCCUCCAAGUUUUAAAUAUUCUCUGCUUCCGCACACAAUACCCCACAGCAAUGAUCUGUAAAGGAACAAGGAGUGAGGGUCGUCGUCUAUCAUAUCAAACACGCCGACAUAUGCAGAUAUCAUAAGACAGUUUAUUUUUUUAAAUAUUUGUCUGUGCGCCAAGGUCUUCCAAAGCCGACUUCCAUUUAUUAGGAGAUAUCAGCAAUAGCAGGCCCAAUGACUUUUCCAUAUUCUGUUUCCCCUCGUCUCAUUUAUUUUUGAACUGAAGUGAAAGCCAUUUUUUGGAUGUUUAGGACUGUUUUUUUUUAAGCUUUGUCAUGUAAACUACAGUCACAUGGACGCCAUAUCUUCAGCACAGCUUGCAGGGUUUCAUUGAACGUGUAUCCUAUUGGUUGGGAGGCCCACUGACAAAAUUGGGGGGGGGGGAAAAAGAAGGUACAGAAGCACAUAACAGAUAAAGAAUGUGUACCCUACAGAGAACCACAAAAACCCUAGAUGGGCCUGUGGGCUUCUCUUCAGAGCGCUCAGACACUUCCAUGCGCCACAGUUUGCCUCUCAGUCCAUCAAGGGCUGACUUGACUGCCUGACAGCACAGCGGUGUCGGUCCCAGAGUCGCACGCCCUAUGGCCCAACCUUCCUGCAGAUGCUUUGUUUCCCCUGGACGCGCGUCAGGAGAUCCGUUACACACGGCAUCCGCUUCCAGUGCACAUUAGGGUUUCAGAUUCGUUCAAGCCAUUGAUUUGACUUGUGCGUUUACAUCCGUGCACAGAUGUGGACUGCUGAAUACGUAGAGCGGCCCUUUACUUUGGUGUAAGAUGCUACACUUUUGUUUAUAAGAAGUUCUUUUCUUUGUUUUAUUUAUUUACCUAAAGUAAUGUCAAAUAUGUUUGUAUAUAUUCAGUAGGCUGUGUUUUCUGCAUCAGGCGGCAGCUUUGAAACCCUGAUGGUGUGUGUAAUGAAGGAAAUAAGAAGAACCCAACCCCAUAACUGACUGCUAUUUGCUGUGGAACUAUAGGGGGUUGUAUCUUUCUAUUAUUUUUUUAUUUUAUUUUUUUUUUUUUUAAUUAUUCAACUGGAAAAUUGCUGGGGAUGACAGUGCGGUAAUUAAGUUCUGCAAUUUAAAUAAAAGGACUUGAAGCAUUUUGUUUUCUAGGAUUCCAGUGUAAAAUAAUUCUCUGUACAUUAUCUGAUGCAUGUUUUGUUCUUUCUGGAUCACCUGUGUAUUAAAAUACAAAAUCAGCUGUGAUAUCAAUAUUGUAUGAAGGGGGGCACCUGGUGAACAGUGCCAGUCCCCAUCUCUAGUUUCACAAGAGGGGAAUAAAAAA